AGGGGAGAAGUGGCUGCUGAGCUGUGUGCUGGGGAGAGCUGUUCUGGAGGAGCCCUCUGGGUGGCACUGCUCCCCCGGCCCUGCAGGGACAGAAGGUGAUGGGGCUCACAAAUAACUGCUCUCCAUCCCGUGGCUGAGGUUCAUCCCUUCCUCCUUCGUCCCUGAAUUUCUGCGCUGGUGAAACAUUCUGACCACGGAUUUUGUUUGCAAUCUUCACCAUAUUGAAAGCUUUACUUACUUUACAGAGUGAACUCAGGACACGCAUUCUUCUCUCUGAGCUUGAUGCAAAUGUGUAAAGACUGCCAGUGUCCCUGCAGUGUUUGAUACUGAAGUAGUGCUGCUUGUAAAGUUUCCUAAUCUGGAGCAAACUGCAUGGUCACAGUUCUAAUGUCUGAGCACAGAAGAGUGGGCUGGAUUGAUGUUGAACAUCUGUGGGAAUUGUCUGCCUUUAUGGCUUCCUUACCCUCCCACUUUUCCUCUCUCGGGCGUUUUGCACUUAUUUCCUGAGUUGAAACUGAGCCCUCAUCAUGCUUAAUGAAGCAGUUAAGGUAAGCGUGCGGGGUGCUGUGUGCAGGGCAGGGUUUGUCCUGGCUUCCAUGCCCUGGAGGUCUGACUCUGCACAGCAGUUCUUUAGGAGCAGGCAGUCUCACAGAAGUGUGUGGUCUUCUGGUUUUCCAAUCUGUCUGCUAAAGGCAUUCAGGGCUCCCCCAGCUUUGAUUCUGUGAGCUCCCAGCUGCAGGAUGGGGCUCUGCUCCAGUGCAGGUGGCCGUGGGACUGGACUGGGGUGCUGCUCCAGCAGCUGCAGUACAGUGCUGUGUGGUGACAGUGUGCUAAAGAGAGAGAAGAGCAGUGUAGCUGCUGCUCUGCAGCUGCUUCUCUCCCCUGUCCCACUUGCAAAAGGCUUUCUGAUCUCUUUGAGAGCUUUGCCAUGUACCUCACUCAGUUGGGCCUCCCUGAAGUCAGUGCAGCACCCACAGGCACCUUCUGCUCCUCCUGCACCUUCGGUGCCCACCUUGGGCUCCUCCUACAGAGGAGCAGAGCCAGCAAACUGCAGACAAAGGGCCCUUAAUGAACCCCUCUGCCCAGGCACUUUGGCCCCCUGCAACACGAGCUUUAUUUACGUCUACGAAAAGCACUCUGCUGGUUUGUUGGAGCAGCAGUGCUCUCACUCACUUCUCAUAGGGACGAUGUCACUGUCAAUAUUUGCCUUGGAGGAACACUGCCAGCAGAUGAAGGCUUGUUUCAUGGCCAGAGGGACUCUUCCUCCUCGUGGCUUCAGCGCCUGCUGCUGGCACAGAACCAUCACCUCCCAGUGACAAUGUGAGUGCACAGAUGUGGGUUUCAGGGAGCACCUGGGAGCUGGCUGCCUCUGGAAGGAAUAGAGCUGAGAUGAACAGGGCAGGACGAUGUACUGCUGCUUCUCCUUUCAUGGCUCUCAGUGCAACGACCGUCCUGGGAGGGUGCUGAGCUGCAGCCUCUCCCCAUUAGAGAGUCUCUGGCUUGCAGCUCAACCCCCCUGCCAAGAAGUGCCUGUGAUUCACACAGCACACGUGCAGGGAUGCAAUGGGUGCUGAGAUUUGGAGGGACACAAAGGCUGCCUGCUCACGUUUCACAGCUCUUGAUGCACCAACCAGACCCGCUCUGCACGUCCCUAUGGGACCACAGAGCUCCCAAUGGACAGCACCUGGACCUGCAGCUGCUGGAGGUGCCCGAGGCUGCUGAGCAACAACAAGAUCACAGUGCUGCAGAACGGCUCCUUCUUCGGGCUGCGGGUGCUGGAGAAGCUGGACCUGAAGAACAACCUGAUCAGCACAGUGCAGCCAGGCGCCUUCCUUGGGCUCCCUGAGCUGAAGCGUUUGGACCUCUCCAACAACCGCAUCGGUUGUCUGAGCGCCAGCGUCUUCCAGGGGCUCACCAACCUCCUCCGACUCAACAUGUCAGGAAACAUUUUCUCCAGCCUCCCGCCUGGUGUCUUUGAUGAGCUGCCCUCACUGAAAGUCGUGGACUUCGCCACCGAAUACCUGACGUGUGACUGCAACCUGCGCUGGGUGCUGCCCUGGGCCCGCAACUACUCAGUGCAGAUCUCGGAGCGGACGCUGUGUGUGUACCCACGGCACCUGCACACCACCCCACUGCGCAGCGCACAGGAGAGCCAGCUGCAAUGCGCGGGCACCCCGGAACUGCACACCCACCACCUCAUCCCGUCGCUGCGCCAGGUGGUGUUCCAAGGGGACCGACUGCCCUUCCAGUGCACAGCCACCUAUCUGGACAACAGCACCCAGAUCCAUUGGUACCACAACCAGCAGCGCGUGCAGGAGGAUGAGCGGGCGGGCGUCAUCGUGGAGGAGAGCCUCAUCCAUGACUGCACCUUCAUCACCAGCGAGCUCAUCCUCUCCAACAUCCACGUCUCCGCCAACGGUGAGUGGGAGUGCGCCGUCUCCACCUCACAGGGCAAUGUCAGCAAGAAGGUGGAGAUUGUGGUGCUGGAGACCUCCGCGUCCUACUGCCCCGCAGAGCGCGUCACCAACAACCGCGGGGACUUCAGGUGGCCCCGCACCCUGGCCGGCAUCACUGCCUUCCAGUCGUGCCUGCAGUACCCCUUCGCCUCGGGGCCGGCAAGUGGGGGCCCGGCGGCGGAGAAGCAAGCGUCCAGGCGUUGUGACCGUGCGGGGCGCUGGGAGGAGGGCGACUAUUCCCACUGCCUCUACACCAACGACAUCACCCGCGUGCUCUACACCUUUGUGCUGAUGCCCAUCAAUGCCUCCAAUGCACUGACUCUGGCUCACCAGCUGCGUGUCUACACGGCUGAGGCUGCCAACUUCUCAGACAUGGUUGAUGUCCUCUAUGUGGCUCAGAUGAUCGAGAAGUUUAUUGGCUACGUGGACCAGAUCAAGCAGCUCACCGACGUGAUUGUGGAGAUGGCAAGCAACAUCAUGCUGGUGGACGACCACAUCCUCUGGAUGUCACAGAAGGAGGAGAAGGCAUGCACCAGCAUCGUCCGCUCACUGGAGAGGAUCGCUGCGCACACCCUCAGCAGCAACUCCCAGCACAUGGCAGUGAACUCACGCAACAUCGCCUUCGAGGCAUACGUGGUAAAGCCUGAGAGCUACGUGGGGCUGAGCUGCGUGGCAUUCCAGCGCCGGGAUGGGGGCCCUCCUGGACGCACAGCCCUGGCUGAGCAGGCGGCCGAGCCCCAGCCUGACCAGCAGCUGAGGCUGCGCUGCACCACAGGACGCCCCAACAUCUCCCUCAGCAGCUUCCACAUCAAGAACAGCAUUGCCCUGGCCUCCAUCCAGCUGCCUCCCAGCCUCUUUGCCAGCCCCGUCCCACCCGCCCCGCUGGCCGACUGCAAGCUGCAGCUGCUGGUGUUCCGCAAUGGGAAGCUCUUCUGCAGCACAGGGAACUCCUCACGCCUGGCAGACGACGGCAAGCGGCGCAGCGUGGCCACGCCGGUCAUCUACGCAGGGACAUAUGGCUGCAGCAUAGGGAACCUGACGGAGCCAGUGGCCGUGUCACUGCGACACCCCGGGGAGGGCGCGGACCCCGUGGCUGCCUACUGGAACUUUGAGGUGCUGGGGGGCAUGGGGGGCUGGAGUGCCGAGGGCUGCCAGCUGGCUGCCCGUGAGCCCAAUGUCACCUCCCUGCACUGCCGGCACCUCAGCAACGUGGCUGUGCUCAUGGAGCUGAGCGGGUUCCCCAGUGAGGCGCGAGGUCCGGUGGAGGUGCUGCACCCAGCCAUGUACACCUGCACAGCCGUGCUGCUGCUCUGCCUCUUCACCACCAUCAUCACAUACAUCGUCCACCACGGCACCAUUCACAUCACGCGGAAGUGCUGGCACAUGCUCCUUAACCUCUGCUUCCACAUGGCCAUGACAUCAGCAGUGUUUGCAGGAGGCAUCACCCUCACCGGGUACCUGGUCGUCUGCCAAGCGGUCGGCAUCAUUUUGCACUACUCCUCCCUGUCCACACUGCUGUGGAUGGUGGUGAAAGCCCGUGUCCUCUACAAGGAGGCAACCUGGAAAGCACCUCGGCAGCCAGAUGGGGAUUCAGCACCGCCAGCCCCCCGGCCCAUGCUACGGUUCUAUCUGAUUGCUGGUGGGAUUCCGCUCAUCAUCUGUGGCAUCACAGCGGCUGUCAACAUCCACAACUACCAUGACAACAACCCUUACUGCUGGCUGGUGUGGAGGCCCAGCCUGGGCGCCUUCUACGUGCCGGUGGCCUUCAUCCUGCUGGUCACCUGGCUGUACCUGCUCUGUGCCGGGCUCAGCCUGCAGUGCCACGCUCCCCGCAGGAAGGAGCCCCCCGAGCUGCCGGGCACACUGCCGAGGCUGGGAGCCAACGGGGAGCUGCUGACAGACUCAGGCUCCAUCUCAGUGACGCUGCACUCGGGGACGCACUGCCCAGAGGUGGACGGUGUGUACUCACUGCAGGCACAGCUCUGGGCGCUGCUGGCUGUGCACGCCAUGUACGUGGCCUUAUGGACGUUUGGAGCCAUGGCCGUGUCCCAGCGCGGAGACCUCAACGUUGUCUUCAGCUGCCUCUACGGGGUGACGGCCGUGGCGCUCGGGCUCUUCAUCUUCAUCCACCACUGCGUCCGCCGCCGGGACGUGCUGGGCUCGUGGUUCUCCUGCUGCCCAUCCUACCGCUCUGCGCUGCCCAUGCAGCCCUACAGCCACCCCGGCACGGCAGCGGUGGAGGACGGCUCGCAGAUGUUCAUCGGCUGCGACCCCGAAGCCGCCCGCAGCGCCACGUCCUCCUCCUCGCCCAGCAGCGCGGGCUCUGCCGCCGGCCGCUGCAAGCUGACCAACCUGCGGGCGGCGCAGAGCCAGGCCGAGGGGCCGGAGCACGGCGAUGGGAGGAGCGCCGGGGCGGGGAGGCACUCCAACAACCACCGCAGGAACCACAAGAGCAGAACUAAGCAGCACCGUGAGGGGAAGCACCACCGCUUGAAGGUGCUGCGGGGCCCGUCCUCCGAGCAGAGCGAGAGCGGCAGCGUGCACAACAGCCACUCGGAGAGCUACCACAGCAGCAGGAACAGCCCCAUGAACAACUGCGCAGCGCCGCGGGCCGCGGGCCCCCAGGAUGGGGAGGUGGCACCCGGCCAGUCGGAGGGCAGCGACGGCUUUGUGGAGGCGCGGCGGCGGAGCAGAGACAACGUGAGGCAGGCGGAGAGGGAGGCGAAGCGGCGCUCCUACCCCCUGAACGUGGGCAGCCACAACGGAGGGCUGAAGGGCAGCAAAUACGACGUCAACCUGGCCGGUGCCGACAGCGGGGCCGGGAUGAGGAGCGGGCUCUGGAAGAGCGAAACCACGGUGUGAGGGAUGGGGAAGGAGCAGAUGCUGCAGCACGUCCUCCUUGCUUGGCUGGAGGUUCUGCACGGAGGAGGCACACAACCCUCACAGAGCUGAGGGGCUGUGAGCGUGGCGAAGUGCACUACGUGGGGCCUCACCCCCGCAGGACGGGCAUCACAGCCUCCCCGGGUUGCAGCACCGAGAGGCGGAGGUGGAAGGCAACCACUGCUCUUCAGCAGCAUGAAUUGCAGCCACGCUUCCGUCACUCCCGCACCUCACUUCAGACUGAUCCUAAAUGCUAUUUUAUUAUAUACGAAGGAAACAAAUGUCUAUUUUUCAGAUUUCUAUAUUGUUGAAUGUGUGUAUGUAUAGACUGAUGCAAAUGCCUCCGCCUUACCAGCAGUGUUCUCCCGCAGCCCACUCACGCCAUGACUGCAAUGUUCCCAGACGUAGGCUCAUCGUGCAGACAUUGGGGUGGCCCCAAAUGAGCUUCUUCUGAAAGAGCCUCAGUUUGAAGCAUUAUGAAAUGCAAACGUUGUUAUCUUGAAGGACAGUAUUUAGCCCUGAGGGUUACUCAGUUGCCAAAGCAAAAGCCAUAUUGCCAAGCAAGCACAAGGUAAGAGAAGGCACUGAUCCAAGAAACUGUCUGCACUCUGUGGAUGUCAGACACUAAAAGCACCGCAGGAAACGCUCCCAAACCCUCCCAGGUGUAACCUAUGCAAACAGGUGGGGCAGCACCACUGCUCCGCCUGAGAUGAACACGGGUUGUCCAUCUCCUCCAGGAACCAAAGAGCCCCAUUGGGCGCAGACACCAAAGCAGGUCCUCCUCCUUAACCCGUGUGCACACAGAACCCAGCAGGCUCUGCUCCCACAAAGCCAGGACACCAACAGCGCUGUGCUGAGCCGCCUCCUGUCCCUCCAGCGUGGGCUCCCCCCUCAGAGUGGGCUGCUCCUGGAGAGUGAGAGGAUGACGCCCACAGUGCUGUCAGGGCCCUUCUUACAGACUGCUCACACGGUAUGUUCAAAGGGCUGGAACCUGGCUAAGCACUUAUUUUUCCCCAUUUAAAAACAAGUCCCCCUUUCUGCUAGCAGGCAAAAAGUCAGACUCGCUGCAGGCUGUAGGAGGCUCUAGGAGCACUCCCAGGUCUCAGUUUGCUUAAAGGAGAACGAGAGAAGUGUAUCUGUGCUCUUUUAAGCCUCAGUUUUCUCAUGUGUGCAAAUGGUUUAAUUAUUUACCUACCUCCCAUGGGGUCCCGGGGAGCAGCAAAGGACUGCAGUGCAGGGAAGCACUCAGGCCAGCCCUCUGCUACACCACGGCUGAGGGAUCCGGGAGUUAGCAGAGUGAAUAGCACUUAGUGGCAGAUUUUUCUCCCCUCCAGAAUCCAACUCCUCUCCCUUUGGAACCCCUCAUCCUGCAGGGCUGGAGUUCACUGACUGCUGCAGCUCUGCUGGCCCCGGGCUGCCAGACUUCCCUGACCAACAGCCUGCAUUUAUUAAUGCCACAUUUAUUGUGCCUGGUAUUUAAUGCAAUUCAAAUCCUUAUGUCAAUACCGCAGCCCACACAGUCUUGCUGAUGCUGAGUUGUUAUAUAUGCUUGCUGCACUGUGACAGUAUUAUAUAAAAAGCUUGGUAUUAUUAAUUACACUUUUUUUUUUGUCUGUUUACAUUACAAGCAAAUGACAGAUCAACAGAGAGCUUCUUGCAAUAUACGUGGGGGAGGGAGGGGAAAAUAUGCCAAAGAAAUGUCUUUAAAGGGGUCUUUUUGCAUUUUUAUAUAAAUAGAAUGUUUCUAGCAGAUAUGUUUUGUUUAAUAUAUUAAAGAUUUGCAAAUCUGCCAAA